CGAAGUCGUUAGUUGGAGGUUGGAACUUGUGGGAGUUUGGGAGCUUCAGAGUUCAGAAAUCGGUAUGGUCAGUCUCAUCAGUGCCCAUCUCCUCUCGCUACCCUCAUCCGCGCCGCGCUCUCGCCCGCAAUCGAGGCCGCCCCUCUCGCCGCCCGCCGCCGCCGCCGCCGCCUCCUGCUCCUUCGACCUGCCCCGGCCCCGCCGCCUCGUCGCCGACGGGAGCCGGAGGAAGGGGACGAUGGCUGCGGCGAUCCCGCCCGAGGCAAGCGGCCUGGCCCACGACCUCGGGUCCGCGGCCGUCACCGCAGGCGUCGCCCUCGCCCUCCUCCGCUUCUUCGAGGAGCUCGCCAAGCGCGGGGUCUUCGAGCAGAAACUCAAUAGAAAACUUGUGCAUAUAACUAUCGGUAUGGUAUUCUUGCUCUUUUGGCCUCUUUUCAGCUCAGGAAGCUAUGCUCCUUUCCUGGCUGCAGUAGCACCAGGGAUUAAUAUUAUAAGGAUGCUUCUGCUGGGGUUAGGAGUAAUGAAAAAUGAAGCUAUGGUAAAAUCAAUGAGCCGAUCUGGAGACCCGAGGGAACUUCUCAAGGGUCCACUGUAUUAUGCUACCACUAUAACUUUUGCCACUUCUAUAUUCUGGAGAACCUCUCCAAUCGCUAUAGCCCUUAUUUGCAACUUAUGUGCUGGGGACGGAAUAGCAGACAUAGUGGGGAGACGUCUUGGCCAAGAAAAGCUUCCAUACAACCCCAACAAGUCAUAUGCAGGCAGCAUAGCAAUGGCACUAGCUGGUUUCAUGGCUUCAAUUGGGUAUAUGCAUUACUUCCAGUCAUUCGGUUUCAUUGAAGAAAGCUGGUCCUUGGCUUUUGGCUUCCUUGUUGUUUCUGUAACUGCAGCACUUGUAGAGUCCCAUCCCAUCAGCACACAUUUGGAUGACAACUUGACUGUUCCUUUAACAUCAUUCCUAGUUGGUAGCCUUGUUUUCUGAUGUUUACCUUUGAAGGAAAAUUACUGGGAGAUCUUCUGACAUGUAAGGAAUAUUUCAAUAAGGAACUUUGGUUCCAAUGGUAUGAACAAAAUUGCCCACUGGUACUUUUACCAACUAGCAUUAUGUACUUCCUUGUGAAAAAGAAAACAUUAUAUACUUUGUACAGAUUUAGCUAGAUAUUUGAAGUAUGUCAAAAAAACAACCUGCUUUUUAUUUCU